AUGGACUCUUUAAAACCAACAACAACCACUCCAAACAAUGUUUCAGAUCCCAACAGCCAAAGCAUUGUUGAUAGAACCAUUAAGGAGACUAGUAGUGUAAGGGAGGAAGACAAUCAUCAAAGCAGUGAUGAUCUAACUGAUGAAUUUAAAAGAGAGUUAGACUUAAAGAAUCAACUCACUGAUGCGUUAGAAAUUGAUCAGAUAAACAACUUUGAAGAAGAGCUUAAUCAGAAACAAAGAGAUUUUGAACGUCAGCUCGAAGAGAAAAAAAACAAUUUCAUGAAGAAAAUUAAUCAAAUCAAAACAGAUUUCAUCAAUCAACUGAAAAAGCAAAGUGAAAACUCCACUCAACAGUUUGACAACAAUAUAAAGUGUCCAAAUUGUGGGCAUGUAUUUUGUCCUUAUGGAAGUGAAAGGAACAAGACAAAAGACCUCUUGUAA